GAGACGCCAGGCCCUUCUACUUCCGGGAGCGAGAAGGCGGAGACCAUGCAUCCAUCCGGAAGUCACCCUAGUCCUCUUCCGGUCCUACUCACAUUGCCUCUCUCCUCGCGUCACCGCAAGGAUGAAGCCCAUCCUGUUGCAGGGCCAUGAGCGGUCCAUCACGCAGAUCAAAUACAACCGCGAAGGAGACCUCCUCUUCACCGUGGCCAAAGACCCUAUCGUCAAUGUGUGGUACUCUGUGAAUGGAGAGAGGCUAGGCACCUACAUGGGCCAUACUGGAGCUGUGUGGUGUGUGGACGCUGACUGGGACACCAAGCACGUCCUUACUGGUUCAGCUGACAACAGCUGUCGGCUCUGGGACUGUGAAACAGGCAAGCAGCUGGCUCUCCUCAAGACCAACUCGGCCGUCCGCACCUGUGGCUUUGACUUCGGAGGCAACAUCGUCAUGUUCUCCACAGACAAGCAGAUGGGGUACCAGUGUUUCGUGAGCUUCUUUGACCUCCGGGAUCCCAGCCAGAUCGACAGCAAUGAACCCUACAUGAAGAUCCCGUGCAAUGAUUCCAAGAUCACCAGUGCCGUGUGGGGACCUCUGGGGGAGUGCAUCAUCGCAGGCCACGAGAGCGGCGAGCUCAACCAGUACAGCGCCAAGUCUGGAGAAGUGUUGGUGAACGUUAAGGAACACUCCCGGCAGAUCAACGACAUCCAGCUGUCUAGAGACAUGACCAUGUUUGUCACCGCAUCCAAGGACAACACUGCUAAGCUCUUCGACUCCACAAGCCUGGAACAUCAGAAGACUUUCCGGACAGAGCGUCCUGUCAACUCAGCCGCCCUCUCUCCCAACUAUGAUCAUGUGGUGCUGGGAGGUGGUCAGGAAGCCAUGGACGUAACAACCACCUCCACCAGGAUUGGCAAGUUCGAGGCCAGGUUCUUCCAUUUGGCUUUUGAGGAAGAGUUUGGAAGGGUCAAGGGCCACUUUGGACCUAUCAACAGCGUUGCCUUCCACCCCGAUGGCAAGAGCUACAGCAGCGGUGGCGAAGACGGUUACGUCCGCAUCCACUACUUCGACCCACAGUACUUUGAGUUUGAGUUUGAGGCCUAAGGGGCUGAAUCUCCAUCCACACCAGGGAGGCGGCUCAG